AUGUCUUCCAGUGUUCCAGUACAGGCCCAGACCAGUAUUUCUGGCAAUGGGAGCAAGCCCCGAGCAAAAAUCGGUGUCUUCUGUGGCUCAAGCAGCGGCACCAACCCAGCAUAUGUGGAAGCUGCCCAAGCUCUGGGAAGGGCAUUGGCAGAGCACGACAUUGAUUUAGUCUAUGGGGGCGGUACCGUCGGCCUGAUGGGCGAAGUAGCAAAGGUUGUUUGUUCGAUCAGAGGACCUUCAGCUGUCCACGGCAUAAUCCCUCAAGUUCUAGCCGAGCACGAACGCACCGACGCAUACCAAAUCGCCCAAGGCGACCUUUACCUGCCUGACGAGUCCAAGUAUGGCCGCACAACCGUGGUCCAGGACAUGCACACUCGCAAGAAAAUGAUAAUGCGGGAAGUUCUUAGCGGUGGCCCUGGUAGCGGCUUCAUUGGCCUUCCCGGCGGAUAUGGCACCAUGGAAGAGCUUUUUGAGGUCAUUACGUGGAACCAGUUGGGCAUUCACCAGGUGGGCGUUUGCUUGGUCAACACAGAUGGAUUUUGGGACCCGAUCGUUCAAUGGGUAAACAGUGCUAGCAUGAAUGGAUUUGUAAAACCGGAAAACAAGCACAUUGUGGUGACGGCUAGCGAGCCCGCGAGAGCGAUUGAAGCGCUACGAGAUUACAAGGUAUCUCCAGAGGUAUUUAAGCUGGGAUGGGCGAAUUUAUGA